AAGGUAGAAAGCUUAAUGUUAGGAUUGUGUCAUGAUGUUUUCUUUCUUUUUCCUCCAAGAUCAAAUCUGCUGAAUCCUGCAUCUUCUGAUCUUUCCACCUAUUCCACUGCAUCUCUGAUCAGUAAUGAAGAACAGUUUGAAGACUAUGGAGAAGGAGAUGAUGUAGACUUCACCCCCAGCAGUCCUUGUCUUGAUGAUGAAAGCAGGACACAUGCGUAUUCUGACCUUGGCUCAUCUGUUUCUUCCAGUGCUGGUCAGACCCCACGGAAAAUGAGGCAUAUCUAUAACAGUGAGCUCUUAGAUGUCUACUGCACCCAGUGCUGCAAGAAAAUCAACCUCCUUAAUGAUCUGGAAGCCAGACUGAAAAACCUAAAAGCCAACAGCCCAAACAGAAAGAUCUCUAGUACAGCUUUUGGCAGGCAGCUUUUCCACAACAGCAACUUCAGCAGUAGUAAUGGCAGCACAGAAGACUUAUUCAGAGACAGCAUAGAUUCGUGUGACAAUGAUAUCACCGAAAAGGUGACUUACUUAGAAAAAAAAGUGUCAGAGCUGGAAAAUGAUACCGUAACAAAUGGGGACCUGAAGAGCAAAUUGAAGCAGGAGAAUACACAGCUAGUUCACAGAGUGCAUGAGUUAGAAGAACUGCUGAAAGACCAGGAGACUUCAGCUCAGCAGACCCUGGAAGAAGAGAUCAAGAGGCACAGAGAAGCCUACAGCAAAUAUGAGAAGGAGAAGAGCACGGAGAUUGAGCUGCUAAACACACGGGUUCAGCAACUGGAAGAGGAAAACUGUGAGCUCAAAACCACUGUCCUACGACUGAAAUCACAAACAGAGAAACUGGAUGAGGAGAGACAGCGAAUGUCUGACCGAUUAGAAGAUACCAGUCUGAGGCUGAAGGAUGAAAUGGACGUCUAUAAGAGAGCAGGUGAAAAAGAAUACAAAAUACGCCAAAGAUCCCAAAAGGAAUUGGCUGCAGGCCUGACCCAAGGGUCCAUUGUGCUCUGCUUUUUUCUGCAGCUCAUUGAGGAUCUGAGAAAGGAGCUGGAACACCUUCAGUUGUAUAAGCUUGACUGUGAGCGUCCCGGUCGAGGAAGAAGUUCUUCCAGCUUGAGUGAAUUCAACGCCAAGACAAGAGAAGUGGAAAUGGAACAUGAAAUUAAACGUCUAAAACAGGAGAAUCAAAAACUUCAUGACCAGAACGAUGACCUCAAUGGGCAAAUCCUUAGCCUCAGCCUUUAUGAAGCUAAGAACCUUUUUGCAACGCAGACAAAAGCCCAGUCGCUGGCAGCGGAGAUUGACUCUGCCUCCAGGGAUGAGCUCAUGGAAGCCCUCAAAGAACAGGAGGAGAUCAACUACAGAUUGCGCCAAUAUAUGGACAAGAUCAUCCUGGCCAUCUUAGACCACAAUCCGUCCAUCCUGGAAAUAAAAAAUUGAAGAUUAUGGGUGGGAAGGGAGGCGGGCAGAUAGGAUGCCUUUAGAUUCAAGUAUCUCUAUUUGCUACUGUAUAUGAACUUAUAAAUAUAUACAUAUAUAUAACUCUCUCAAUACACAUAACAUACAAAACACAAACACACACACGCGUAUAUAUAUAUAUUAUAUAUAUAUAAAUAGAAAAAAAAACUUGUGUGGAUAUACACAGGGCGUGUUUAUAUGAGCUUAGUAUAUUUUGUGACUCAUAAUUUGCAUCGAUCCAUUUUCCACGCCCUCUCUCUGUGGUGAGGCUAGGGAUUAUAACUGAAAAAUCACAAAACUGGAUUUUGCACUGUUUUAGAUACCGGACAGAAAAAAAAAAAUUGAUACUACCUCUAGAUGAAAAGAUAAAACACGAUGGAAACUAACUUGUGCCAGGCCUUUUCCUAGCCUACAAACAAUACUGAGUGUUUAUGUCUUAUGAAUCGCCUCCCUCUCAUCAUCUCAGAAAUAUCUUGUAUUAUCAGGUUGAAUUCUCACUGAUGCUGUUGGCUGUGUUGUUUUAACUUUGUCCAAGUUAUGUUUCUGAAGUCCUCUCCUUAGAUCUGAAUGUAUGCAUGCUGCAAAAGUGGGUCUUCCGGAAAAUUUACAAGUUUCUGCUUGAACUUGGGCUGUUUUAAUCAAAAAGCAGUUUCUACAUCUCGACCCCAAUUGGCUUUGAAUCCUUUGGGAUGGUGAACAGUUUGUUGUAUUCCGGGGGAAUCUGGAAUACUCAGGAAAACGAUGGGUCUUGGGGUUCCAUAUUUUCUUCAACUUAUCAGACUAUUCCCGAGGUGCUUUUUCUGGCUUUGGGUUUUAUCACAACAUCACCAAGGACCCUGGUGGUGGGAGACCUGGGUUCAUAAAUGCAGGGUGCAUCGGGGCUACAAAACAGUCCCAGCCCUGAUUCAGCUUCAGCAACAAGCAUUAAAAAGUGGUAGUUGCAGAGAGCUAUUUGGUUCCACACAAAGGGUUGGUUCAUUGGUGAGAACUCGGGGCUGCCACCGUAAGAAAUAGAAACCAAUUGUUUUUAAAUCACUUCAUUUUAUAUUGCUUCGUGUCAGCAUCUGCAAAAGCACCCUCUGCUAAUAAAGCAGUUAAGAAGUGGAGAAUGAUUGGGGGUUUUAGGCACUCAUGGGUGACACUGACCCUGUUUUUACAGACAAGGCAACAUUUUAAAUUGUUUUUUUACAGGUUUAGGAAAAAGAUGUUUAUACAUGCUUAAUAUUUAUUUCAUGCAAUUUUGGAGUUUCACUGAAACGUUUUGCCUACUUUACUGGGGGUGAUUAGCGCAGAAAAGCCAGAAAUGACUGUUAAUCGAGCAUCACAGCUUCCUGCAUUUACAGGAAAAAAAUAUUACGCUCAAUUUGUGCCAUCAAUAAAUAUUAUCAUAUUGAUUCAGGCUGUUCAUGUCUUCAUGUCUCUUGCCCUUGCCAUCACCACCACCACCACCACCUUUUUCUCCUCCUCCUCCUCCUCCUCCCUUUUUCUUUUCAAUUGUGCUUCUGUAACAGCAUUCCUCAUGACGUUUUAUAUAUCACUUACCCAGGCAUGCUAUAAGGAAAUCUGUAAAGUUAAGUGAGGGCUUGGGCAGGGGACCAUGACGGAAAUGAGUUUUGUCUUUUCACUUCAAGAUUUUUCCAUUCCUGUCUGAGAUGUGUUUUGAUUUUUAAAAAAAACCAACAAGCCAAGCUUUAUGUGCAUUGCAGUAACAAUUCUGGUGCAUGAACACAUGCAGUCACAUGCAUGUGAGAGAAGAGGCGUGUGUUAUUCUGUAAUGACUUGUGUGCAGGCCUCAUGGUCUUCCCACACCAAAGAUAGGCGCAAGAUAUCUCCCUGGAUAUCUGCAUUACAGAUAUCCAUAAGCCUUGUUCAGUACAGUUGGUGUCCAAGUAUGAUAUAAUCUGUAGUCUAAAAAUAUCUAGGAAGCCCCAAGAUUGCCUUUCCCAUCACACAUGAAAGGGAACUGCAUGCUCUGUGUAAUGGAUAGAAAAAACGUGGUUCAUAUGUAUUGUUUUCUUUCAUAAGCACAUUUCCACUUUCAAAUGAAACUGUCUUUUUUUUCCUCGCAGUGUCCUGAGUAAAGUUUGUGUAAUUAAUUUGAGAGUCUUAAAAGAAUAAAAAUAUUGAAUCUGAGGUUACUGUACUAUCAGUACUGAAAGUAUUGAUGCUUCUAAGAAUUGAAACCUGUUUCCAAAUUACGUGGCAGGAUGGUAUAUAAAUUAUGACAUUAUGUUGUACUUAAGAUAUUUCACAUUCAAUCAAGUGUUUCUGCAGAAGUAUGAAUCUCAGGGGGGGGGGCAGGGAUGACGACUGCAUGUGGGGUCAUAGCCUUGUGUUUAUUGGCUGUAUUUUCUAAUUAGUAGCAAGAGAGCUAAUAAUUAAUGCAAGGUGAUACUGGCCAGAGCCAGCCAUUACUUUUUACUCAACAUCUAAACUUCUAAUACCUCGUUGGCUUUCGACCUUCUGAAUUUGGUGGGAAUGAAACUGACUCCAAUUGCAUCGCUACCUUCUUUUUAGGUAGUCCAGUCAUGAUUGAAUAAAGGAGAAUCCUGAAUUCUUUUCUUAGUCAGGAUUUUCCAAUGCCUCAUGUAGGCUGGAAGGAAUCCCGCUCCUGAAGGAACCACAUUCCCCCACUUUUCUACAUUAUCCACUUGCUGCAAAUUACAGCAAUGCUUCCUUUCUCUGCUUGGGAAGGGAGGUGAUGUAGCAAUCAUGGACCUCUGGAGAAUUUAUAUUUUUACAGGUUGCCUUUCAAAAGACUGAGGUUAAGGCUACUUAACUCCAGCUUGUUUUUGGUUUAUCCUGCUGAUAUUUUAAUGGUGGUGAGGAAUUGAUGACUUCAUCAGUUGAAUUGAUAGGGAAGGAAGCAAAAUGUAUCUGAAAGUUCUUGAAAGCUGAAAGAAUUGGGCAUGUUGACUUUGGAGAAGAUUGAGGGGUGAAGUUCUGAGAGAGAGAGAAAUCUCCAGGAGUGAGGAGGCGAAGAGGUGAAUGGAUGGAAACUGAAGGAAGGGUUUUAUAUGAAACAGGAGUAAUCCUGACUGAGGAGAACGAAGUGGUUUCCAAGAGGUGGCAGAAAGGCAGUCUUGCUUGCAGAUGAUUACAUUGGUUUGGAUUAGCAAGUAUUGAGGGAGAGAAAACUUCCCAAUGUGGUGCCUCUUAGGUUGAUGGUGCAUCUCACGGUAAACUAGCAUUUAGUUUAUCAGAUUAGAUAAUCUGAUUCCCUUAUAAAUUGGGACUGUAUUAAAUCAAUCCUUUGCUACCAAACCUCAAUCCACACAGUAUUCAUGGUGGGUUUUAAAUGAGUCUUUGCGUCCAUCAGCUUUCUUCUUUGCUCAUAGAUGAUCCAUAGAAAUUGUGAAGCAAUGUUUUGAUGAUGUUUCUAGGAGCCAACAAUUUCUUUAGACAGUUGUCUGUGUUUGUAUUAUAUGACUGCCUUUGCUUUAUCACAACAGGUUGGGAGAAAUAAGUGCAGAUACCUGAGGCCUGCUUGAUCAUCAUAGCUUGUUUAGAAUUCGUGUACCUGGGACAUAGGUUUCUACCAAUGCUAACGUUUUCCAGCAUGACUUCAGAUCAGAAGUUGUUGAAAAGCUAGUCAGAUCUUCUGAUGAACAUGUUUGGCCACCAGUACAACAUUGUGUUAUAAUGCAGUGAUAAGGCCAAAAAGGAGGGACCAUAGUACAUUAACAGAGGGUAACUGUUUACUUAUGAUUGAAUAUGAUGGGAUCUUUCUAGAUAGGUUCGUUUAUAUGCCUCUGAACCAAGGCUGCAGGAGUUGGGUGUCUUUAGUAGUGGAAUGUUGAAGCAGGGUGGAUUGCUGGAUUAUAUUGAAACUAUAAUUGAUAGGCCUCUAGCUGAAAGUAAAUCACUAUUUCUGAAUGGGUAUGGAUACAUUUGUGCUAUGCAAAAAAAAAGACUACCAUGCAGGACAUGAAAAAGAGUUGCUAGUUAAAAUUGGGUUUAAUCUGUAGGCACAAAUCUUGUUUGCUAGGAAAAGUGUCCUAAUUUUAAAGUUUACAGAUGUUCCCAGUGAAUUUCAGGCUCUUCAUCACUGGAAGUGCUUUUUUAAAGACUUAAGCUGCUAAGAAUUUUGGAAGUCCACAUAUUUUAGAGGUUACCCCAUUAGGGACAAGAUCAAUGUUAUACUUCAAACAGCAGUUCUUAUUCUACACUCAAAAGAUAACAAGGUUUUAUUUGCAGUGGUCCUUAAGUAAAUUUCUGUUGCUGUCUGUUGGGCAGAAUAAUUUCUCAGCUCUUGUAGAUCUCACCAGUGCAAGGUGCAUGUUGUAACGAGGUCAACCUAAUCCAUGUGCAAACCUGACUGAGAGGGUGCUAAAUAGACAGGAGUCACUUUUAGCCAAUGGGAUUUACUAAUGGGCAUCUACCAAUAGUUUCAUUUUCUCAACAUAAUUUCUCAUCACACUGUCAGGACACUUUUAUUCUUGGUUAGGAUAAAGUACAUUAGUGUAUGCUUGUCUAUUGAGCCAGGAUUUCUUGUGUAUUUGUACAAUGGGGCAAGGCACUGACGUAACAGUCCAUGGUUGGAAACAAAUAGUUUGCUUUAACCUGAUCCAACAGCUUUAAUAGAACUUCAAAAUUCUGAUAAUGUUGAUGAACAGCUGGUUGAAACUGAGACACUUCGUUCUCAGUCUCUCUUAUUGGAUCUCUUCCCUACUUCUAGUUGUUGGAGUGCCUUCAAUCCAGUUUGUAUUCUGUGAAAGCAAAAAAGAACUGCUUCUCUAAAGGCAACAAGUGUUCACUGGACAACAAGUCAUCCCUGAGGUUAAAAACAGUAACUUUCAAAACUUUUAGUAGAAUUUAAGACAUCCUGACCACCAUGGAUGUUACACUAAAGUUGUAGAUUUGAUUUUUUUUCCCCAUUGAAAUCAUGAAUACAGUUGCAUAUUACAUUGAACAGAAUACAUUUACACUGCUCUACUUUGAAUUCUACAAUGUUGGGAGAUUUAGUCACUUUUCCUGUAUCCAUUAUUUAAAAUUGUGAAUUUUAGGAAAAGCAUCAUUCAUCUUGGCAAAUGAACAGAUGAACUAGAAAUUUCCUAUUCAGUAGUCUAUAUAGUAGGGCACAUAUAGUAGUGAAAACUAAAAUGUUAUCAAAAUAGGUUUAAUUUUUUAGAAUUGAUCAGACAAUCUGAAUUCUACAACUCAGAUUCUGAAUUUCAGCUUUCAAAUAAUGAUAGAAGCCUGGACAACUAUUAUCUGGUGCUUGGGUUUUCGGUUAUGGGAUAUGAAGAGAAAGAAAACAAAGGCUAAAACAAAGUUGUAGGUUAUAAAUCUGAGCUGCUUCUGGUCUUUUGGCUUAAAUAGCAUUGGUGGCCCUUCUUCCUUUAGGACAAAGAACUGGCUGCAAAUAUUCUGCCCUUUUCUGCAUUCCCAAAGCAAUGAUCACCUGUAGCUGAGUUUUGUUUUUGGCAAAGUGAGGCCCCUAUAGCAAUUCCUCCUUUGGUUGAUAAAUGGGAUCAAGUCAACUCCCCUUUGGCUGUGAUUGUAUUCUAGGGAAAAAAAGAUAUACCGGUAGCUUCCCUGGAGCCCUAGAUUCCUCUUGUUAAUGAUAGAAAAAAUAAGAGUGUGUUCCCUUUCUGAUCUUAGUGUUCAUUUUUUUGGAAAAUUAAUCCAUUGUUAUCCUUGUACUUCUGAAGUGGCAUGUCAACACCUCAGAAUUACAGAUAGGGGCUGUUCAGAAUGCCCAUGCAUGUACAUAAGUAAGAUUACAAGAGGAAAAGGUGGGAAAGUUUCACCAUUAAAGACCACAGGUAUAAUUAAUGCAAAUCCUCAGUUCAGAUUUAUCACUGCUCACCCCAACUUAUGAAAUUAGCAAGCUGGUCUUUCAAGAUGAGCAGGGCAGAAAACAAAUUAAGCAUCUUUGAUCUGUAUGUUACAAGGCAGUAGCUGUUCAAUCCCCAAUGUGUUUUGGUACUGAUAGAAAUUGAGAAUUGCUGUAUUUUUUUAUUGUGGGAACCACUAUUGUAGUUUCGCUUUAUUGCACAGAAUGUAGUUAUGUGUAAGGAUUGGAUUUUUUUAAAAAAAUAUUUUGCAUGAUUCUAGUAUUUUUGUGCCUUCUACUUGACUGUGUACAGAAUUCAUGUCUAUUGAAAUUCAUGCUAUUGGCCACAGGUUUUAUAUGUUUGAAGUCUUUUAUUUUUAUUUGAUCUUUAUUUUGCCAUCCCUACCCGAACAAUCUACUGUAAAUGUGUAUAUAUAAAAUAGAACUAAGUUUGUAUUUCAUGUGCCUCACUAGAAUGUAAAAAAAAACCAGAUGUAUUCAUUUUGUACAGAAUGUCUUUCUUUUACUUAGAUGCACUAAUUGUUGUCCUGAGCACAUAGUGAAAUAACUGAUUAGCUCUGUUUUCUUUUAGCAUUGCUGUGUUAAAUGGAAUUAUCUCUUGCCCUUUUGUAAAAAUCCAAUUCACAUUCAUUCGCUGUCACAUACACAAACUAUGAUCCUUCCUGAUUUGUUGUCUUUAUUUAUAAUGGGUUGCAUCAUUUCUUCCCAUUUUAGAGUUUACAGCAAAUUAAAUUGAUGGCUUAUC